GGGGGAGGGGAGCCGGGAGCGCCGCCCCGGCGGGAGGGGGAGAAGGGAGAAGGGGGGAGCGGGCAGCGGGAGGGAGGCAGCGGCAGCGGCAGCAGCGCGGGGCUCCGCCACGGCUCCGGCCGCCCGGCCAUGGCGCAGCCGCAGCCGCAGCCAGGCGCCCCCCGCGGCCCGGGCCCCGCGCUGGCGGCGGGCGGCGGCGGCGCGCUGCUCAUCCCGGGGGCCCUGCAGGCGGCGGGCGGCGCCCCCGGGCCCGCGGCGCGGGGCGGCGGCGGCGGCGGCGGCAGCGGCAGCGAGGAGGACUGCGGGCGGGGCGGCAGGUCCAGAUUUCUUCUGGAUGCAGCCAAACACUGGAAAAAUCUGAGCUUUAAAAGUGGUGGGGAAAAUGAUGAUGACUCUGACCAGAACUGGAAACCUCCAGAAAAUGAUCUGAUCCAGAAGUUAAUAGCACAGAUUGAAUAUUACUUCUCCGAUGAGAACCUUGAGAAAGAUGCCUUCCUCCUAAAGCAUGUAAGAAGAAAUAAGAUGGGCUAUGUCAGUGUUAAACUCCUCACUUCUUUUAAGAACGUGAAACAGCUUACCCGUGACUGGAGAACCACGGCAUAUGCACUGAAGUACUCGGACACUCUUGAGCUCAAUGAAGACAACAGAAAGGUUAGAAGAAAUACUCCAGUUCCAGUGUUUCCAAGUGAAAGCCACCCUACCAAGAUGUUACUGGUGUACGAUAUCCACUUGAUUUCUGAGCUGCAGGCUCUCAAAGAACAAGAAAAUGGAUGUAUGCAAGAAAAGAUAAUGGAGUAUCUCCUCAAAGCCUUUGUAACUUUUGGUGUAAUUUCAUCUGUUCGUAUUCUCAAGCCUGGUAGGGAUCUACCACCUGAUGUCAAGAGGUUCAGCAGUCGGUACAACCAAGUAGGAACACAGGAAUGUGCAAUUAUAGAAUUUGAAGAAGUAGAUGCUGCCAUACGUGCUCAUGACUUCAUGUGUGCUGAAAAGAAAGAGACUGGCAUGAAAGUUAUCCUAAUAGGCAUGAAACCUCCAAAGAAAAAAGUUCCCAAAGACAAGAACCGUUAUGAAGAUUGCACCAAGAGUCUUAACAAGGUUAGAUCCCUUAAUAAGAGAGUUGAGGAGCUUCAGUUUGUUGGUGAUGAAUCUUCAGCAAAUAGCUCUUCUGACACAGAGAGUAAUCCUACAUCACCAUUGUCAGGACGCAAAAGUACUGCAACAAGUACUAUGAAUAAAUUAAGCCCUAUUAUUCACCCAAACCACCAUUUGAGUCCUAAUGUGUCACCCAGAUCAAGUCCUUGGAAUAGUCCAUCUUCACUAAGAAAAGUGACCAAAAAGUCUCCACUUGCUGAAGACAGCAAACUUCACCCAAACACUAGCCCUGAAAUUCCAAGGAAAGGCACAGAUUAUUCUUCAGAUAGCAGCAUCACUCCUUCUAGUAGCCCAUGGGUACAGAGAAGACGACAAGGUCAAACCGUAACGCAAGAGAAGAGUCCAGUCAGUAGCCCCAUGCUAGCUCGCAAAAUACAAAAUGCAGACGGUCUACCUGUAGGGGUGCUGCGACUACCUAAAGGGCCUGAUGGCACUAAAGGAUUCCAUAGUGGAUGUGAAAGAAGGAAAGCUAUGAAGAAUGAAUAAAUCAUUCUUUAAAAACAAUUUUGCAAGUCAGCCAACUGCUUUUGUUCAAGCUUGGUGAAAGACUGUCAACUGAGUGACUGAAUUAAGUCAGUAUUUAAUUUUUAAAGAUUUUGUAUUCCUGUAGAGACGUUAUCAUUUGUAUAUUGGUGUAUUCACUUACCUGCAUUUUUUUAAUGUAUUUGUUUGAAAUGCCUAAGCAUUGAAACAGGCAUCUAAAACCAUUCCUGUAACUACUUACUAUUUGUAAAGCUAUGACCCUGAAGAAUAGUGUGUAGACACUUACUGUUUAGCAUUUGUAUUUUGAUAGCUAUGGUAUGUUACCAGUCUAAUCUUAAGGAAUAGAGGUUUUCAAGGCUUCCUGGCUUUGUCUCAAAAGGAACUGAGAAACUUAUCUUACAGUGAGCAGUUCCUCUCACCUUGCAUUUAUCUCCAAAGACACUAGCUACAGUUUACAGGACCAAAGUGUAUGCUUUUCUGUGAUGUGAAUAAGGAUGCUGAGCAUUGAAGAUUGUUCUGUAAGUUUUAACUUGUAAUCAGAUGGAAAUAAACUAGAACAUUAACUCA